AUGAAGGGAUUUUGUCUUCUUGCCUUAAUCUCCCAGGCCAUUGCAGUCCCAACACUGCAAUCGCGGGCUACAACCGAUACCAGUGCCUUCAGCCCCCUUGCCCGUGCUGCGAAACUCUCCUCUGCUGCCUAUACCGGCUGCAUCGGCAAAGCUUUUGAUGUGACAAUCACUAAGCAGAUCCGAGAUACUUUGACCGACACCCAGGGCUAUGUUGGGUAUUCGACAGAUAACAAGAAAAUUACAGUGGUGAUGAGGGGGUCGACAACUGUUACGGAUAUUCUGAACGAUGUUGAUACUACUUUGGUUACUCCAUCGUUGUCUGGAGUCACUUUUCCUGCAGGCGUACAAAUCAUGAGGGGUGUCAACCGUCCCUGGUCUGCUGUGCAUGACGACGUGAUCUCUGAGGUUAAUAUCCCGACUAUACCCUGGAGUCAACGGGGCAUUCACUUGGUGGCGCGCUUACCUACAUCUCCUACGUGGCGCUCUCGCAGAACUUCCCCCGGCAAGGAAAUCACCAGCAAUGCCCUGGCUGCUUUCCCUAUCGGAAACGAAGCCUGGGCCAAUUUUGCAGGAUCUCUCAAGGGAACCCUGAACCGCGGAAACAACGCUGCUGAUGGCGUCCCGAACAUGUACAUCACAAUUCCAUACAGUUUUAAGCAUUACGGAACCGAGUACUAUAGCUCAGGACUUGCGCUUACCUGCAAAAGGUGCGAUGGCCAGCGCGAUCUGUCAUGCUCUGCUGGAAAUGGUAUGGUCGGCGUGACUGCUGGUCACUUUCAAAGCUUUGGCGUGACGCUUGGUGCUGCUGGGUGUGGCAUUUUGUCUUAA